ACUGAAUGCUAAAAACAGCCGUCUUCCGUCUCUGUCUCCGGCACUGUCCAACAAGUUAGCUUUGAUAAAAGUCUCGGCUCUUCUCUCGCAGCUUUCAAUCUUCUCAGAGUUUAGGGUUUAUCAGAAUUUUUCCUUGAAGCCCAAAAAACAGUUACCCUAAUUGAGCUCUGUAUACAAUGGAAUACGAAGAAGCUCAGGUGGAUCAAAACUUCCCCUUAUUCUCCCGGAAAACUAAACCAACCACCAGAAAAUCCCUUCCUGCUCCAACCUCCAUUGACGAAAACCCCAAGAAGCUUGACAAGGAGACCAACUCUAGUCCCACCCCUAGUCACAUCACCUUCUCCGACUUAGGCCUCGCCGGGUGGGCUGUCCAGACCUGUAAUGAACUGGGUAUGAAGAAGCCCACGCCGGUGCAACACCACUGCAUUCCCAGAAUACUCUCCGGACAGGAUGUGUUGGGCUUAGCUCAGACCGGUAGCGGAAAAACAGCAGCAUUUGCAUUGCCCAUUCUUCACCGUCUAGCUGAAGAUCCAUAUGGAGUGUCCUGUCUUGUGGUUACUCCGACACGGGAGCUUGCUUUUCAACUUGCCGAGCAGUUUAGGGCUCUGGGAUCCUGCUUGAAUUUGCGGUGUGCCGUGAUUGUGGGAGGAAUGGAUAUGAUAAACCAGACCAAGACUCUGAUGCAAAGACCCCAUGUGGUGAUAGCAACUCCCGGAAGGAUUAAGGUUCUCAUUGAACAGAAUCCUGAUAUUCCCCCAAUUUUCUCCAGAACUAAGUUCCUCGUCUUGGAUGAAGCAGAUAGAGUUCUAGAUGUAGGGUUUGAAGGGGAGUUAAGAGCAAUCUUUCAGUGCUUGCCGAAGAGUCGACAAACUCUUCUGUUUUCUGCAACAAUGACUAGCAACCUACAGACGCUACUUGAGCUCUCUGCAAACAAGGCAUAUUUCUAUGAAGCAUACGAGGGAUUCAAGACUGUAGAAUCACUUAAGCAGCAGUACAUUUUUAUUCCCAAAAACGUGAAGGAUGUCUAUCUGCAAUACAUUUUAUCCAAAAUCAAAGAUAUAGGUGUUCGCUCUGCAAUCAUUUUUGUUUCCACCUGCAGGAGCUGUCAACUUUUGGGUUUGUUGUUGGAAGAACUCGAAAUUGAUGCUGCCGCAUUGCAUUCAUACAAGUCCCAGUCACUGAGGCUUUCUGCACUUCAUAAAUUCAAAUCUGGGCAGGUCCCAAUAUUGGUUGCUACUGAUGUUGCGAGUCGUGGUUUAGACAUUCCAACCGUUGAUCUGGUGGUAAAUUAUGACAUUCCAAGGUAUCCACAGGAUUAUGUUCAUCGUGUUGGACGUACUGCAAGAGCUGGACGAGGUGGACUUGCUGUCAGCUUUGUUACUCAGAAUGAUGUGGAUCUCAUUCAUGAAAUAGAAGCCGUGCUUGGGAAACAAUUGGAGAAAUUUGAUUGUAAAGAGAAUGAGGUGCUAGAUGAUAUCUCAAAGGUUUACAAGGCAAAGCGUGUUGCAUCAAUGAAGAUGAUGGAUGAUGGGUUUGAGGAGAAAGCAGAAAGUCGUAAAGCUCAGAAACAGAAAAUGCAAAACGAGAGAAAGGGAAGGAACAAAAAGCAGAAAAGAGAGAGGGUAGCAGAAGUUUGAGAUGUGCUAUAAUUGUGAAUAGUGGGAGAGUUUUAAUUUUGCACAAGCGGCUGCAAAAGGAGUUUUUGAGUUUUUUCUCCACUCAUCAGCCAAAAAGGAUAGAAUUUCUACCUUCAAGUGAGGACCGUGGAAUGUGGACCUCUCUUUUGGGAAUGAAUCUGGUCGACUCUUGUAAUGUUCCUAGUUGAUACUUGCGAAUCUUUGACUAUUUGGAAAUCUCCUCAUGAAUUUUGAAAUUUUAGACAAAUUGUAGAUGACCUGGAGCCUGGAGGUGCUCGCAAACCGAAGUCCAACAUUUCUGUGAUAGUUUGUAAAUAGAAAAUGUAAGCAAUUUUGAGUAUG